AUAAAUAAAUAGAAACCACAAAUUUUUUUGUAUAUGAGAUGGCAGCCUAUGAUUGGCCGGUGAUGGAUAAGGAAACAACAGACAAUCAUAGAAAACAACACAUCCACUUAUCACACAGACACCCAACAAAUUAACUUCCCCAUGGCCACCAUUUUCUCCCCCUCCGCCGUCCUCUCCUCCUCCUCCGCCGCCACCAAGGCCAAGCCCCACGUCACCAUCCCUCCGUCAAAACCACCAGCCAACAACCUAGCCGCGACCUUCGCCGCGACCGCCCUCGCCGCAACCAUACUCGCCGCCUCCCCGCCGUCGCUGGCCGAACCCUCCUACAAGCUGUACUACGGCACCGCCGCGAGCGCCGCGAAUUACGGCGGAUUCGGCGGCAACUCCGACAAGAAGGCCUCGGCGGAGUACACGUACGACGUGCCGGAGGGGUGGAAGGAGAAGCUGAUCUCGAAGAUUCAGAAGGGGACGAACGGCACCGACAGCGAAUUCUACAACCCCAAGAAGAAGAAGGAGCGAGAGUACCUGACCUUCCUCGACGGCUUCCCCCGCCUCGCCCCCAAGGACAUGAUCCUCAACAACCUCGCCCUCUCCGACGUCGAGCUGCAGGACUUGAUCGCCGCCGCCGACAAUGUCAGCUCCGAGGAGAGGAAGGACGACAAGGGACAGACCUAUUACGUGUACGAGAUCGACAGCGUCGCCGGCCACAGCUUGAUCUCCGUCACCUGCGCCAGGAAUAAGCUCUACGCGCACUUCGUCAACGCGCCGGCGCCCGAUUGGAACAGGGAUCAGGAAACGCUCAGGCACAUUCACCACUCUUUCAGAACGGUCGACUGAUCACAAAAUAUUUUGUAUCCGAGCGCAUUCGUGUCAACGUGAAUGUCGUAUAGUACUAAACAUAAAUGAGACUGUUACUUGAUUUUGAUGAGAUUCUAAUCACUAGUACAAUUCAUGUUGGCUUUA